UUAAUUUUACUUUCUUUUUUUCAGGAAUGACCAGGAUAGAUAUUGUAAGGGAAGAGGUGAGCUAAAGAAUGCCUUUUUGUUUGGGGAUAUAUCUGUUAGAUCAAGGGAUUGGUUUCAUAAAUUAAAUUAUGGAGGAAGUUUUCUUGAUGACACGCACAUUGAUGUUGUGUUAUAUUAUUUGAGGAAGAGAGCUAAAUAUGGUGUUGAAUUGCCGAUCAGAUUCACCACUACUAAUUUUUUAUUUGCUGUCAAGGUGAAGUCACUUCAUGAUUUUUGGAUUGAUAAUAACAAGGAUUAUGGAGUGCUCUAUCCUGAUCAUGAGAUUGCAGCAUAUAUUCUUGGUUUUUAUAUGCCAUGUAAUGAUCCUUGGCAUACAGUCGAUUAUAUUUUGAUUCCUAUAUGUGUUUAUGGACAUUGGAUUUUGGCAAUUCUCUCUUUUAAAGAUAGAAUUAUCUAUAUUUAUGAUUCUAUGAGAGGUGCAAGACAUGAUGCGAAAAUACGAUCAGCUGUUGAACCUUUUGCCAUUGUGAUUCCUUACUUUCUUUCUAGCACAGACUUUUAUAGGAAAAAGCAAGAUUUGAAUGUCAAUCAACCCCAUUAUUCUGACAAAUCACCUCUUCAGCCUUUGGACAUACAAUUUGUUGAUGGAUUGCCUAUUCAAUAUGCUGCGGAUUGUGGAAUUUACUUGGUCUCAUUUGCUGAAUAUUUCAUUCACAAUAUUCAGAUUCCAAGGGAUGAUUUUAAUGUUUGUCAACAUCGACAUAGAUUGGCUUGUUUAUUGUGGAAAUAUGGGCGUAUGAAGCAAUUGGAAGAGGCGGAAAGUGAUUCAGAGUUCUCAAAAUGUCUUUUUAAGAUAAGAAAGUUGUAAAAGGAAAUAAAGUGUAGGAUCUAACUGGCAUUUCUUAUCCUUGUUUUUUUUUAGUACUCGUUAUUCUGAUCAUGUUUUGUACAUAUGUACAUAUUAGUUAUCUUCCUUAAAUCAAUUUGCAGACUUUCUGUGAAUAUUCAUUUUGUGUAUUUAUAAACUUUGUUAAUCUAAUAGUACUUUUAAUUAUAUUAA